AUGGCUCCUCAAAUGGCUGUAUCUAAUAUAGGUAUGGCACUUGCUGCUAAAUCCGCCUCUGUGGAUAUUCCGAUCCCUCGUGAUGCUGUCAAGGACAGCAGGGGCGCCUUCGCUGUCGCAUCUGCUCGUCCAGGACAGCCGACUAUGCUGCCUACUCCCCCCAACUCGAUCUCUCCUACUCUCCCGCCUCACGGUUUUAAGAAUAAGGCUCAGCACCAUGUGGGCAACCUACCCUUCUCCCCUCCCGUCGCUCCCAUGCACGUCGACUCGGAUAUCGAUCUGCAGGAUGCUGUCGACCAUGCCAAAAGCCAGGACCAUCAUCCUCACGUGUCGACAAGUGCCCAGAAUGUCGACAGCGUGGGUGCCAUCACCCCGGCGAUGUUGGCGAAGUACCAUUUGCCCGAUAUCCUGCUCGCUCAUGGCCCACUAGCCAUCCGCCAUGUCAUGGGCCAUUUGACAACCACUGUGCCAGGCUUUGCCGGCAUUCCGCCCGCCAAGGCACGCAGAUUGGUAGUCGGAGCCCUUGAAGGCCGCGGCAAUGGUGGCGAAGGUGGCGGCGUUGAUGAGAAUAUCAUAUUCGAGAAAGUCGGUUGGGGUCGCUGGGAUGCUCGGCGAAGUGACCAGCCGCCCCGUGAACGGCAAGCUUCUAAUUCAUCUUAUAUUUCUACGUCGCCGCCAUCCAGCUUUCCAAAUACUGCUGGAGGAAUGCAGAUACCUCAGCAUUCGCAAUGGCGAACUACGAAUAAUCGACCGGCGUAUGGAACCAGUGUAGCCGACUCGGCCAUCUUCUCGCAUUCCGAUCUAGACUUUGGUGAUCACGAAGCUGAUAGGAUGUCCCUGGACGGUGACGAUAUGCCUGAAUACUGCUCUUCGUCCGAUAUGCCGGAAGACGCCAUUCCAGAUGACGAAUGGGAUGAAGGUGACGUCACCGACGAAGAAGACUGGGCUGGCAUCGGUGCCGAUGCCCUUCGUGCCCGAUCCCUCAAUGGAGGAGGGAUUGUAAAUACAAAUCAUCCUGUACAUACACGAGUGCAGCGUCACCCUGGCGGUCCUGCACCAUCCGCCCUGGCCAAGUCUGUUCCGGGCCGCAUUACGAUUCAACAGAUGGGCUUUACAUUGCCGGACGGCAUUGGCGGCGAUCACGAAGAACGCGCUGCAGUUGAAGCGCUCUUGCGUCUUGGCUCGAUGUGA